AACUACCGUUUUAAAAACAAUAGCAUUAAAUCCCAUAUUAUUUAAAGAAUUAAUUAAAAAAUGAUUUACUCAUAAACAGAAACCAUUUAAGUAUUUUAGAAUAAUUUGACUAAAAUACUACCGAGCAGAAAUUAUUGUUGAAAAAUAUAAAUGUUUAACAAAACAAUAAAAUAAAGUAUUUGGAUGUGCGAAAUCAUCCGUAUAUUCGAAUGAGUAAAAAUUUUGGAAUUCGAGGGAUAAAACAUUUUGUUUGAUGUAAAACACUUUCAAAUACUAAAAAAUUAAAAAUGCAUUGCUCAAGGUUUUAUUUAAAAAAUAUAGCAUAUAUGUUUUUGCUAUUGCUAAUAAUCGGAAUCUUUACUUUUGUUGUUCAAUUUAACAAAGAAUUAAAAGAAAGACUUAAUUAUGACGACAUAGCAUCAAUUAAUAUUUCUGAAUUUAUGAGUCAACAAUUUCUUAAAAAAGAAACUGAAAAACCUUUCACGCUAUCUUCAGACAACUAUGAGCUUUUAUUAAAAGAAAGCGCAGCAAGAGAAGCUCAAGCUCUUUCUCAUAUUAAUUUUGAUACAGUUGAAAAAGAUGGAAAAGCUUUGCACACUGUAGUUAUUUUAAUAUCAUCUUUUGUUGAUCAUAAAUAUCGAAGAGAUAAAAUACGAGAGUCAUGGGGAAAUCCCAAAAUGUGGGUUACAAAAGACAAGUUUAUGAUCGUUUUUGUAACGGGAAAAGUUAAGCAUGCAAAAUCAAUGAUAGAAUUAGCGGAAGAAGCUAAAGUAUCAAAAGAUAUUAUGUCUCUAGAUAUUCCUGAAGAUUUUUAUUUGUUAGCUAAAAAAGUUAUAAUUGGCUUUGUAUGGGCAAAAAAUAACUUGAAAUUUAAAGCUAUCUUGAAAGGUGACGACGACACUUUUAUUAACAUUGAUAAUGCAGUUAAUUUUAUAAAUCAGAAUAAAGAAACUUAUGGGUAUUUUGGACAAAGUAUGGCUGGGCAACCAGUAGAAAGGUAUGGUCGGUACAAGUUGACAAAAGAAGAACACGAGAAAGACCACUAUGAUCCUUACUGCUCAGGAGGAGGAUUUAUUUUUACAAAUGCUAGUAUUUACAAAAUUCUUCCAUUGUUUGAUUUAGAAAAAAUAUUGCGAAUUGACGAUGCACAUAUUGGUGAGGUAGCAUUUAAAGCAGGUGUUGUUGCCAAAAUGACAGAUGGGUUUUACAUGUGGAAUAGAUGGUGCGAGUAUCGUAAAGACGUCAUUGUAUCACAUCCGGCUAAAGAACCAGAAUGUACAGACUUUUUAUUAAAGAGAUCAAUGAUUGACAAUGGAAAACUCCCUCGAGAUCCUAUAAUUGAGAAAGAAAAAUACUAUAAAGAUGCUUCUUUGUUAUCUUGAAAGAAUGAUAAUUUAUAAACUUAUCUUUUCAGCAUUUAUUUAACUGUAGGAAUAUUUAAAUAAUACAAUUUCAUCACAAUAAUUUAAACAA